AUGCAACAACUGGAAGCAAUGAUACACCUCGAGUUUGCAACCGGCUCGCCACGGGCUGAUUUGCUCCUGCCAGUCACUCGGUUGAAUAUUCUACGAGCUUUAGACACCAACUUGGACGUUCUGGGCUAUCGGGCCAUCGACAUGAGAGAUGAUGACGUCCUGUCUAUGUUUAGUACAAAUGGACCACGAUGCGCGGCGACACAGAACCGGGAAGAUUUCCUACCACCAGCAUUGCAGCCCACUCUGAUUCAACGCACUAUACCUCAUCAUCCAUGGUUAGACCUGAUUCCAAUUCCCAAGAUGCGAGAUAAUCUCAUCCUGGUGGAAAGCGUAAUGGAUGACACUCAACUAUGUUACGACAUGUGCGGCCAUCGGAGAUCUCAGGCUGGAAAUGGACGGAACAGCGGGAUUGGAGAGACCGGGGUGAUUGUUUGGAAGGACCCCUGGGAUCCAGAGGGGUGGGAGGUGACAGAAACCUUUGUGCAGUUGUGGGGCUGGGCGAUGCAAGAUUGCUGGGAGUUGUUUCAAUCGACCAAUGCGUGGCGGAAGCAGCGGGGAGAGAGACCGUUAUUUCGAUGCUCUGAACCUAAAGAUAGUUACUAA